AUGGUCCCACAGAGGCAGCUCACCAGCCAGAAGAGGUUCAGGAAACCCAAGACUCAACAGGAAGAGGGCAGCGUAGGUUCCAGGCAAAAGCGCUGUCCCGCCCAGCACCUCAGUACCUCAAGUGCGUUCAGCAAACCGGCGGGCGCCGGCGGUGACCGCGCGGCGCAGCAUCUCCCGCCAGAGUCCACAGCACAUGCGCAGUCAGACCCUCCGGCGGCCGCUCAGCUCCGCCCCUCGGAGGCGCCGGGUUCCCUGAAAGGGACAGAGCUCGGGGCGCCGUUGCUGAGCCAGCCACUUUUCCUCUCGCGGGUCCCGGGUCGUUGGUUUGCUAAGUGCAGUUGGGCCCGGCAGGUGCUGAAGGGUUGGGGUCGUGGACCCCCGCCAGGUCUCAGCAGCACGGAGGUGCAGGCUGUCGCCGAGGGCGCGGGGCCGGGCGCCGCUAGCGGUGCGCUCCGCCCCGGGGCCCCCGCCCCUGCCUCCGGCCAGGCCCGGGCUCCAACCCCCGUCCCAGCCGCGGCCUCGCAGUUCACCCUGCUGGUGAUGCGCCCCUGUGGAGGGCCGGACGAGGCUGCGGCCGAGGGGGUCCUGCGGCAGGCUCCGGCCCUGGGGGGCAGCGCCGGGGCGGGCAAGCCCGUUCGGUACCUGUGCGAAGUGGCGGGGGAUGGCGAGGAGGAGGCGGGGGAAGACGAGACAGACCUGCUGGACACUUCGGACCCCCCGGGGGGAGGCGAGAGCACGGCUAGUUUGGAGGAUCUGGAAGACGAGGAGACCCACUCUGGGGGAGAGGGCGGCAGCGGUGGAGCCCGGAGACGGGGCAGCGGCGGGGGCAGCAUGAGCAAGACCUGCACCUACGAGGGCUGCAGCGAGACCACGAGCCAGGUGGCCAAGCAGCGCAAGCCGUGGAUGUGCAAGAAACACCGCAACAAGAUGUACAAGGAUAAAUACAAGAAGAAGAAAAGCGACCAGGCCCUGAACUGCGGUGGGGCCGCCCAGGCUGGCAGCGCAGGAAAUGUCAAACUUGAGGAAAGUGCAGAUAAUAUACUCUCCAUUGUUAAACAGAGAACAGGAUCUUUUGGGGAUCGACCUGCAAGACCUACUCUUUUAGAACAAGUGUUAAAUCAGAAAAGACUGUCAUUACUAAGAAGUCCAGAAGUGGUGCAGUUUUUACAGAAACAACAACAGCUAUUAAAUCAGCAAGUUAUGGAGCAAAGACAACAGCAGUUUCCAGGAACAUCAGUGUGAGCGAAUUUAUCAAGAAGUCCUACACGUUUUUUAUCUUAUUGUAGUGGAUGGACAUAUUUUUAUACUAAAGAUAAAUGGGGUAAGAUUUGCCAGUAGAAGGUAAACAGUCAUUUUCCUGUGACUGUAUGUGUGCAUUUGGGGACAAAUAAGUAUUGCACAUUGUGCAUCUGAUCCUUUCAGAUCACUGUGGAUUUGAAGAAAUCAGCUUAUCUUUCCAAAGUAAUAUUUAAUUACAAUGUUUUUUUAAACAAAAUGUUUCUCUUCAGUCAUUGUUACUGAAGGUAAUGAAGCAGUUGCUUUCUGUGGAAGUCACGAAGUUAAUAGAUAUUAAUCUUGAAUCAUCUAACUCAGUAAUUCUCAUCAAAGGGCAGUUGGAAACAUAUGGGUAUGUUUUUGCUUGUCACGGCGACCUUGAAAACUGCUGGUUUUUAGUGAAUGGGACAGGAAUGCUAGGUGUCUGGAAUGGUCCUCCACAACUAAGAAUUAUGUUACACGCAAUGCCAAUAAUCCCCCUGUUAAGAAACACUGAGAGCUACUUGUGAUGAUAAAAUGUAGUUGGGGCACCUAGAACUGGGUUCUCGUAAUAACCUUUCCUUUGCAGUUAAGACUGGAGCUGUCAAAGAGGUAAGCAUAUUUUCUGUGUAUAAGGAAAGUGAUCAUUGUUAAAUAGCUGUGAGAUUAGGAUGUGCAUCUCCUUUCAGAGAUGUGCUGGUAAAACUCGAGAGGGAUUAACCAAGUACCCUGGAAUGAGUGCAUCUCCUAAAGUUGGCUUCUCUACUUCUUGUUACCUAUUAGUGUUGAUCUCAUUUAAAACAGACACUCUUGUGUGUUGAAUUUGUGAACAGUACAAAUGUAUCUCAUCCCACCAAUGUCAGGACAAAAUUACCUUUUUAUACUCAUUUCUUUUUAAAAAAGAGAUCCUGAAUAUAAGAAUAACACUCCAGCAUUUUGUCAGUCUUUUUCAAAAUUGAGCUAUUUUAAGAUUGUGUUAUUCCUAAGUAUUGUUCAAAGAGUGAUGGGUAAUCCGGAUAGAUACUUUUUUCUUGUAUUUUCUCCUAGGAAAACUUUUAAAAGGCAAAGCUUACCAAUAAGAGUAUCAAAUCAAAUGUCAAGAAAGUAUUUCCAGUGUUAGGACAAUAAAUGCAUGUGCCUCAAGUUAAACUGUGCAAAAAUCUGUUAGUUUCUUGGGUUUUAAGCUCUGAAAUAUGUAUCAAGUUAAACUUAGUCAUGGCUGUUCUAAGAUGUACUUAAGGAGAGAAAGAAUCUUAUGUUCAUUUUUUAUAUGUGUUUUAUACCUGCAUAUCUGUGCAAAAAUGCUUUUACCAGAAUUAUUCAUUAAAGUCCAGUUAUUGACCUUUGA